AUGUCGUGCUUGCAGAGCAGUCUGGACUUCGCGAAGAAGCAGCUGGCUGCGUUCUGCGUCUUGACCGGCGUGGAAAGAGACGAGGUCUACGACAGGGGGCUGGAGGAACUGAGGCAUUCCCUUCUGAUUCUUCAUUCCUGGGUGUCACGCGCGGAUGCUGCUGCUAUGCUUCCUUUGAUAGAUCUUUUGACUAGUCUUCAUUGUGGCAGCUUGGAAGAAGAAGAAGAAGUUCGCGCCGGAGGUAGCCCAUGCACUGUUCUCUGCCACCGGGUGUGUCACGUCAUUGGGCGCGGCGGCCUUCGAGACGUUAUUUAA